AAAAAAAAAGAAGAAAACGUGUCACUUUAACGAGCCGUGCUGCUGACUAGUGGCUUUCCCUCCGUCAUAUAUAAAGCGGGCGCCCCCGCCUUUUACCGCAGUCCCCAAAAUGAGUUUCGCGGUGGAGAGCCACUUUUUCGGGCCGAGCGGACUCCGCAAGGCUCGGCCCGCCUCGGUGUCGUCCGGCGGCUUCCACUCCCAGCGCCGCCGCCUCGCCUCCAGCCAGCCCUCCUCCGGGGACAGCCUGGACACUCUCAGCGGGAGCGAGAAGGAGAUCCUGCGGGCGCUCAACGACCGCUUCGCCGGCUACAUCGACAAGGUGCGCAGCCUGGAGAUGCGCAACCGCGACCUGGAGGCGGAGGCGGCGGCCCUGCGGCAGCGCCAGAGCGGGCGUGCGUCGCUGGGGGACCGCUACGAGCGGGAGCUGGAGGACCUCCGCGGGAUGGUGCGCCGGCUUAGCCGCGACAAGGGUCACGCGGCCGUGGAGUACGAACGCCUGGAGGAGGACAUCCAGCGGCUGCGGGCCCGCCUGGAAGAGGAAGCUCGCGGCCGGGAGGAGCUGGACGCGGCCGCGCGGGCUCUGAAGAAGUACGUGGACGAGUGCCAGCUGGGCCGAACGGACCUGGACAGGAAAGUCGGCGCCCUGGACGACGAGGUCGCCUUCCUCAAGAAGAACCACCAGGAGGAAGUGGACGAGCUGCUCGCGCAGAUUCAGGGCGCGCAGAUGACUUUUGACCUGCGUGACUCGUCCAAAGUGGACGUCACCGGAGCCUUGCGGGAGAUCCGCGCACAGCUGGACCGCCACACCACCAAGAGCGCCAUGCAAGCAGAGGACUGGUUCAAAGUGCGCAUGGAGCGUCUCGCCGAGGCAGCCAGGUCCAACCAAGACGCCAUCCGCGGGACCCAGGAGGAAAUCGUGGAAUACCGCCGUCAGCUCCAGAGUCGCACCAUCGAGCUGGAGACUCUCCGAGGAACCAAGGAGUCCCUGGAGAGGCAGUGCGUGGAGGGCGAAGACAGGCACCAGGAUGACCUCGACUCGCUCCAGGACACCAUCAGUCAUCUGGACUCAGAGCUGAAGAACACCAAAUGGGAGAUGGCCAGCCAGCUGAAGGACUAUCAGGAACUACUGAACGUGAAGAUGGCUCUAGAUAUUGAAAUAGCCGCCUACAGAAAGCUACUGGAGGGAGAAGAGAGCCGCCUCGUGUCAGGAAGUCCAUAUUCCUUCUUGGAAAACAGGAUUUCGGCACAUCUGAAAGUCAAGGAAGACAAAGUGAUUGUGGAAGAGCAGACAGACGAGACCCAGGUCACGGAGGUGACAGAGGAGGCCGAGGAGGAGCAACAGGGUGAGGAGUCGAAAGAAGAGGAAGGCGAAAAGGAAGAAGAGGAGGAUGACAAAAGAGAGGAUGCGGACAAGCCAAAGGAGAAGCCAGAACCGCCAGAGAGAGUUGUGAAUUCUCCUCGGGCUAAAUCUCCCCCGAAAUCACCAGAGAAAGCUUCCAAUUCUCCCCAGCCAAAAUCACCAGAGUCCAAAUCGCCACCGGCCAAAUCCCAAACGCCCAAAUCCCCUGCACGCUCGCCGAAAUCCAAAUCCCCUCCAAGCAAGUCCCCAAAGUCAAAAUCUCCUCCUCCCAGGACACCUGAACCGGCAGAGGAGGAAGUCAAGCCGGCGCCGGCUCCCAAAGACGACGCCAAGGGCGAGAAAAAGGCCGAGCCUCAGCCUGCUAAAGACGAAAAGAAGGAUCCGUCGGCUAAAGAAGAUAAGGUGGAACAACCAGUGAAGGAGAAGAACAAGGAGGAAGAAGCAGAGAAUAAAAAGGAGGAUGACAAACCUGAAGAAAAGAAAGAAAAGCAAGCGUCCGACGUGCCAAAGAAGGGGGAAACUCCAAAAGCUCCAAAGCCUGCUGAGAACAACGCAACGGCCUCCGAAGCCAAAGAGGAGGCUUCUACCCUGGCCGAGGAGCCCUCCGCUCCUAAACUGGCGAAGGCGGAGCCAGAGAAAACCGAGAAGAAGCAGGAAGAGAAACCUGCGCCGAAGUCUGAACCCGUGAAACCGGUAGAGACCAGUAAAGGAGCUGAAAACGACGGGAAGCCGGAGAAAGUGGAGAAGUCUCCUGGCGCCGAGUCCAAAGACACAAAGGAAGAGAAGGCCAAGAAGUGACGCAAGGGUGGACUUUACGGAUGAGAGCGGCAAGGAUGCAAAAGCAUAAGAAAGUUUUUUUUUUUGUUUUUAAUUUUGACUGUCCUGCACCUUACGUACGCACCGUACACGCCAAUAAUGUAUGUAGGCGACACUCCUUAUCACGCACUUUAAGUGAAUGUGGCAGCUGCCAUUGGACAAAACAAGUGCGUCGACGUUGUACUUGCGCAGAUGCCAAGCUGAACAUAUUCACCACACAUAAUACAGGGAUGAGAAUGACCAAUUUGGAAAAACACUCAAAAUGUCCGCCUUCGGGGGGAGUUCAAAGGGGGGGUGCGUCCCCCCUAGGGCGCAAAAUCUUUUAAAUGGUGACCUCUGGUUACGUCUAACAGUGUAAAUACAGGGCAAUCAUAAUAUUUUCAAAACUUAAAAUAUGAAUCCAACCAACCAAUAUAAUAUUGCCAAAACUUCAGACAUAAAAAUGUGGACUGAGUGAAAUUUAUAUCAAAUAGGCUACUGCUCUUACUAGUUGUACUUCAGAAAUAAGUACACGAGUAAUUUGUUGAUAUAUAUUUAUGAAAUAUGAAAGUGAGCGAUAAAAUGCGUGAUCUACAGGGCCAGUGCCACAGUUAGGCCUAAUCGUAUUAACAGUUGUCAAUUAUAUAAUAUUUGAGAAAUUUACGUCCAACUUACCUUUGUGUUUCCUCGUGUGGUUAUUUUUUGCUCAUCGGCUUCCAUAAUUGAUCAUAUCGGAAUGCAGAAUGCGUAGCACUCUUCCGGGAACGUCCAUUUUUUGUACGUGUUCGGUCAGACAUGUUGAUCCAGUUUUCGUUCCUAUCCGCACGGUUACACUUUUUUUACCCCGUGAUUUUUAUCAUUUUCCCUGGCACAAUCUUCAUCUUUCCGCGACAAGACUUUCGCCAUAGUGGCAAACGUGCGGACCGCUCGAUAACAUAUGCAUACGUAUGUCUAUAAGUUAUAACUACACCGUAGUAAACAGAACGCUUCUCAAUGAAAUGUUAACAUCGGAGUGAAAAUGCCGACGAAAUACCGCCAAAAAUGGUUGUUGUUAUUAUAAACACCAAAUUCAAUGCAAACUGAUAGAAAUGCCCUGUUCCGCUGAAACUCUUUACGGAUUUACACGUAUCACAAAAAUGACAGAUGAAAAAUUCUCAUCCCUGUAUAAUAUAUUUAAAUAUAUACAAAUAUCUAUGGUAUAUUUAUAUUAGUAAUUAGUAAGACAGACCAGUUCGCUUGCUGUGCACUUUGUUUCUCCUCACAGGUGUGAUGUCUCACUCCUCCGGCCUGCGAUGCUCUUGACAAUAUCGACUGUGAUCUGUAAUAAUCUGCUAAACUGAACAAUCUGCAGCACAUGACAAAAAUAAAGAACGGGCGACACCAUUUUGUGGCAAUCCAUCCAUCGCGGGCAUUUGGUGACGCUUCAUCCGAGCCAAUGUCAAGUCCGAAAGGUAUACGUUGUAUGCUGCAAGACUUGUCUGCAUUGCAGGGGAAGGAGAAAGGGUGGAGACGCUGCACGCGUCCUCACGUCCCGCAAACCGCGGUCAUGUAUAAAUGAGGAGCAGUGCGGCAUACUAGCACGAGUCAAUUUCAUAUUUAGUUGCAGAUUUCCAUCACAUCAUUGACACACACGGCAACAACCGCAAUGGCGCACACGUCGCUAAGAAUCGGCCAAUAACGGGAAAUCAACUUAGUCGCUCAAGUUAAAUCCAUCCAUCUAUCUUCUUUGCCGCUUAUCCUCACGAGAGGCGCCGGGAGUACUGGAGCCUAUCCCAGUUAUCGACGGGCAGGAGGCGGGGUACACCCUGAACUGGUGGACAGCCAAUCGCAGGGCACAUAGUUGGACUCACAAUCACACUUGGGGCAAUUAAGAGUCCAAUUAAUGUUGCAUGUUUUUGGGAUGUGGGAGGAAACCAGAGUGCCCGGAGGAAACCCACGCAGGCACAGGGAGAACAAGGCAGGUCCGGGAUUGAACCCAGGACCUCAGAACUGUGAGGCCAACGCUUUACCAGCUGAUCCACCGUGCCGCCUCAAGUCUCAAUAAAGCUGGGGUGUCCAUUUAUGGAUCUGCUAUUGGCACCGGUGCAAUUGACUGACAUUGAAACAACGUGUCUCUCUUGUAUGCACG